AUGUAUGUUUUUUCUAACAUGGUAUGUAUUUAUUUUUUAGUGCUUAAAAAUGCAUUUGACACAUUUGAUGUAGAGAAAAAGGGCAGUAUUGGCACAGUGAUGAUUGGAACUAUCUUAAGUAUGCUUGGUAUUCAAACCACAGACUCCAUGUUAAAAGAAAUUAUAGAUGAAGUUGAUGCAGACGGUUCUGGAGAACUAGAAUUUGAUGAAUUUAUUACGCUAGCCUCCAGAUUCAUGGUUGAAGAAGAUGCAGAGGCAAUGAUGCAAGAACUAAAAGAAGCAUUCCGUUUAUAUGACAAAGAAGAGUCGAACCACGUGAAAGAAGUAAACCUUUUAAAAACUAGAGAAUUAGAAAGAUUACAGUUAAAUGUUUAUCAGGAAUUCAAUGACACUUGA